AUGGCGGGGGCCGGGGGUCCCCUGCGCCUCCGCGACUGGCUGGUGGCGCAGAUCGAGAGCGGGCGCUACGCCGGGCUGCGCUGGGAGGACGCGAGCAAGACCCUCUUCCGCAUCCCCUGGAAGCACGCAGCCAAGCAGGGCUACCAGGCGCAGCAGGACGCGGCGCUCUUCAGGGCCUGGGCUAUAUACAAGGGCAAGCACCUAGAGGGCGUUGACAAGGAGGACACCUCCACCUGGAAGACGCGGCUCCGCUGUGCCCUCAACAAGAGCGCUGACUUCUGUGAGGUGCGCUCACGCAGCCAGCUGGACAUCUCCAACCCCUACAAGGUCUACCGGCUCCUGUCUGAUGGUGCCCACAGCCCAGGUACCAUCCUGUCCCUGGAGGUAGCAGCUGAGGAUGGCUCUCUGGGCAAUAAGGACCUCACAUUGCCCAUCUGUAAAAUGGGAACUGUUACCAGGGCUUGUGCCCCCUGUAAAGAGGAGGGCAUUCUUCAUAGCCAGCAGGUGCCCCCUGGAGAAGUGACAGAGCUGGCCUGCAAGACAGAAGAGCAGGUUGGCUCCAGAUUAGUCACAGAGGAUAAGAACAAGGAGCAGCCCCCCAGGCUGGCCUCCCUGCCCCCAGCUGCCCUGCCCCCAGGCCCUUUGGCUGGCCACAGGUACCAGGCUCAGGAUCCUGCUCACCCCUGGGGCCCCUCGCCUUCUGAGGACUUCAGCAACCCCAAUUUUUGGCUGCACGUGCGACUCUUCUAUGGCGCGGAGCUGGUGCGCGAAGCCACAGCGCGCGCGGCCGAGGGCUGCAGCCUGAGUCCGCGCGCAGCCGCCGCUGCCGCCGAGCUCCUGCUGGGGCCGCCGCCGCGCGUCGCGCAGGUUCGUUUCCCGGAGCCGCCGCCCGGCGCCCGCGUCCUGCGGCGCCUGCUGCCCCACCUGGAGCGCGGAGUGCUGCUCUGGGUGGCGCCCGAGGGCGUCUUCGCCAAGCGCCUGUGCCAGGGCCGUGUGUACUGGCGCGGCCCGCUCGCCCCGCACCGCGCGCGGCCCAACAAACUGGAGCGAGAGCGCACCUACCAGCUCCUCGACACGCGCCGCUUCCUCGCGGAACUGAGAGCCCACCUGCAGGAUGGUCGCCAGGAGCCCGAGUACCAGAUCCGGCUGUGCUUUGGCGAGGAGUACCCGGGACCCCCGGACCAGCCUGAGGAGCGUCUCGUUAUGGCCCAUGUGGAGCCAGUCUUCGCGCGGGAGCUCCUCCUACACUCGAAGCUCCACGGCCAGGUGCCUCGGUUGAGACAGCGGAAGCCAGUCAAGGCCUUCAACCUCUCAGCCAAUGAGAUGGAGCCCCGGGAAACCAGGAAGGAGGCGCGUAAGCGGACGGCCCGGCAGCUGGGCCUGGGGCGUCAGGCUUGGGAACCAAACUCGACCUUGAGGUUCCAGAAAUAG